AUUCGCGAGCGGAGCCGAGCGCGGGAGAGCGGGACCGGGAGCGCAGCGGAGGGUUCGGCGCGGGUCAGCCCGCUCUGCUCGGCCCCCCGAGGCUCCACCUGGCACCCCUCGGACCCCCCACCCCCACCCCUGCCAGCUCCGCCCAGGCGAGAACCCCCCAAAAAAAACACCAGUAUGGACUGCUGCACGGAGAGCGCCUGCUCCAAGCCGGACGAGGACAUCCUGGACAUCCCCCUGGACGACCCCGGCGCCAACGCCGCCGCCGCCAAAAUCCAGGCGAGCUUCCGGGGCCACAUGGCGAGAAAGAAGAUCAAGAGCCGGGAGAGCGGCCGGAAGGGCCCGGGCCCCGGGGGGCCAGGCGGAGCCGGGGGCGCGCGGGGAGGCGCGGGCGGCGGCCCCAGCGGAGACUAGGCCAGAACUGAGCAUUUUCGAAGCUCCCCAGGAGAGAUGGAUGCCGCGACCCCUCCGCCGCGACGCGACUUCCCUGCAGUGUUUGUGACCCUUCCCUCUCCUUCUCGCCCAGGCAGGCUCCGUCGAGGAGUCGCCGAGCCCGUGCCCUUUCAUUGGGUCCUCCAUUCCAGGGGAGUCCCGUUCGCCCUCCUUCCCCACCCUAAGCCCCUGACCCCGCACUCCCCCAGCGCCCUUCCCGGCUUCUCGCCCCGCCUCCCCGCACCUGCAUGCAGUUCUGCCUCCACCGCCUCCUGGGCGAUCCCCCGAGUGCACGGCAGAGGGCGCCCGACCCUCUACGCUGCCGAGGACAAGCACUUGAAAAAAAGCCCGUUAGUUCCCCCGCCCAGCUGAAGGGGGCGUCUUUCCUCUCCGUGCCGUUCGCCCCCUCGCCCUCGUCCAGGCCCAGAACUUUGCAUCUGGAGCGAGGAGAGAGGGGAAGGGAGAUUUUAUGGCGUCUGAUACCCCUUGCUCCGAUGGGAAGUCCCUAUCCGCCCCCCCACCCCCACGCCUGCCUGUCAUCGGCCCUCCGCUCACCCUGGCGCCCGGAGAGCCACCCCUCCGCCAGUUCUAGGUGUUUUGCCGGCGACGCUGAGCGCGGGGUGGCUCAGUGGGAGGAGCCUGCGGUGGCCCGGCCCCUGCCCUGCUGGCUCCGCCCCUGACGGGCUCCUGGGGCUGUGGCCGGAAGGUUUUUGUGUGUUUUGUGUUUUGUUUUGUUUUGAAUCUACGAGUAUGCAUGUGACUGUGCUGGGUUGGAAUGUGAAUAUGUGAACAAUAAACAGGAAUGUCCAAGGGU